GCACAACCUCCGCAUCGUGACUCUUAAAUAUUACCCGGGCCGGCUGUGACGCUUGCUUCCCCGCGACCUCGCUCGUUCUUCCCCAACCCUCCAGCCUCGUCUUGGCCAUGGCGACGACCCCCGCAUUGCCAUCCCCGAGCUACAUCCGAUCGCCCACCAGACACCCGCCAGGCGACUGGAGGUAGUCACUAGGUAUAAGUCGCCUUCGAUGCCGCAGUUGAGAGCAGCCCGCGCCUACUCCGCACUUGCACGCUGCAACACAUCACGCACUCUCGCAUCACAUAUCGAAGCGCUACAUGUACUCACAUCAUCAUGGCAAAUUCAACGAUGAAGGCAUUAAACUACAAGGGGCCCUUCCAGGUCAAGGUCGAGGACGUAGACAAGCCGCAGCUCGAGCAUCCGGAUGACAUCAUCGUCAGGGUCACCACCGCAGCGAUUUGCGGCUCGGACCUGCACAUGUACGAGGGCAGGACGGCCGCCGAACCGGGCAUCACCUUUGGUCAUGAGAACAUGGGCAUCGUCGAAGAGCUCGGCGCGGGCGUCACCCUCCUCCAGAAGGGAGACCGCGUCGUCAUGCCUUUCAACGUCGCCGACGGGCGCUGCCGCAACUGCGAGGAGGGCAGGACUGCUUUCUGCACGGGCGUGAAUCCCGGCUUUGCGGGCGGUGCCUACGGUUACGUCGCGAUGGGGCCCUACCGCGGAGGUCAGGCACAGUAUAUCCGCGUGCCGUAUGCCGACUUUAAUGCUCUGAAGCUGCCCGCUGGGAAGGAACACGAAGCCGAUUUCAUUCUUCUCGCCGACAUCUUCCCAACCGGCUGGCACGGCGUCGAGCGCUCUGGUUUCCAGCCCGGCGAGACUAUCGCAGUCUUUGGCGCCGGCCCCGUGGGCCUCAUGGCCGCCUACUCGGCCGUGCUGCGCGGCGCCUCCCGCGUCUUCGUCGUCGAUCGCGUCCCCGAGCGCCUCCAGGCCGCGGAGAAGAUCGGAUGCAUCCCCGUCGAUUUCACCAAAGGCGACGCCGUCGACCAAAUUGUCGAAAAAAACGGCGGCGACAUGGUGGACCGCUCUGUCGACGCCGUCGGGUACCAGGCCGUCGACAAGGGGGGCUCCUCGGAGCAGCCCAACGUGGUGCUCGAGAACAUGAUUCGCGUGACUAGAGCGUGCGGAGGACUUGGGAUCCCCGGACUCUAUGUGCCUAGCGACCCCGGCGCACCGGACGACGCUUCUGCCAAGGGCAUGAUAAGCCUUAGCUUCGGAAAGCUCUUUGAAAAGGGCCUCUCUCUCGCCACCGGCCAGUGCAAUGUCAAAAAGUACAACCGUUACUUGCGCGACCUCAUCGUCUCUGGCAAGGCCAAGCCCAGCUUUGUCGUCUCGCAUGAGAUUGGCCUCGACGACGCCGAGGCGGCGUACGACAAGUUUGAUAGGCGUGUGGAUGGCUACACCAAGGUCAUUAUCCACCCUAAUGGAGGAUUCUAACACCUAACACGAACAGCCUGGUCUCAGAUGGGCUUCAAUAGCCGGAAUAUGUGAAGUGACUGUAUUGAAGACUUGUUCGUACGUAGUAGCACGUAACUUUGGAC